GUUCCAUCCUCAGUCGCACUAGAAGAAAUUCAUAAUGUGUACUCCAAACGAUGCAGCAGUCUUGCAUGCCCUUUUUCAUCCUAAUGCUCCAUUUGGUGACUUAAAUGAACAGAAUGAGGAACACCUCCAAGAGGAUACAAAUCAAGAUUGCAGUUUCCCAGCUGCUUUAUUGGAAGAGGCACAUAACCUAGAACUGAUUGGUGUUCGAGCUGCAGAAUCUGGAGAUCUGAAAACAGCUCUGCAAAGAUUUAGUAAGGCUAUUGAGCUACUUCCUGAUCGCGCAUCUGCAUACAACAACCGCGCUCAAGCUCUACGUCUACAGGGAGACAUAACUGGUGCCCUUGGGGAUCUGAAUCAUGCAUUGGAGCUGAGUAGAGGGAAAGGGGUUGCAGGUCGCCAAGCUCUGGUGCAGCGAGGACUAAUUUUCCGCCUAAAUGGAAAUGAAGAAGCAGCUAAGAAUGAUUUUCUUCAAGCAGCUGAACAAGGCAGUGAUUUUGCUAAGCAGCAGCUGGUUUUGCUCAACCCAUAUGCUGCACUUUGUAACAAAAUGCUAAGGGACAUGAUACAAAACUUGUAUGUGUCAAACCCAUAGGAGUUCUUAGUCACAUAGUCAACUUCAAGUUCAACC